GUGGAUUUACCCUAUUCGUGAUCCGUCUCGUUUUCUUCAACAUGUAUGACGUCGCCGGUGUAUGCAACGGUUGCCUUGCUGGGUUGGUUUCCAUCACGGCUGGGUCGGCUAACGUAUCAUCAUUCAGCGCGUUAAUCAUCGGCAUCAUAGGAGGGUGUCUUUACCAAACUGCUUCCCGAGUCGUUGCAUCACGACACAUCGACGAUCCCAUUGACGCGUUUGCUGUGCAUGGUAUGAGUGGAAUUUGGGGGACUAUAGCGUGUGUGCUAUUUGAUAACGGGAGUG